GCUGAGCGGGCGCUGCUAGCGGAGGCGCCAUAUUGGAAGGGACAAAACUCCGGCGACAGCGAGUGACACAAAUAAACCCCCGGACCCCCUCGUUCUCUAAGAGCUAAAGGCCCGCGAUGUUGUACCUAGAGGACUAUCUCGAAAUGAUUGAGCAGCUUCCAAUGGACCUGCGGGACCGCUUCACGGAGAUGCGAGAGAUGGACCUGCAGGUGCAGAAUGCAAUGGAUCAACUAGAACAAAGAGUCAGUGAAUUCUUUAUGAAUGCAAAGAAAAAUAAACCAGAGUGGAGAGAAGAACAAAUGGCAUCCAUCAAAAAAGAUUACUAUAAAGCUUUGGAAGAUGCAGAUGAGAAGGUACAGUUGGCAAACCAGAUAUAUGAUUUGGUAGAUCGACACUUGAGAAAGCUGGAUCAGGAACUGGCUAAGUUUAAAAUGGAGCUGGAAGCUGAUAAUGCUGGAAUUACAGAAAUAUUAGAGAGGCGAUCUUUGGAAUUAGAUACUCCUUCACAGCCAGUGAACAAUCACCAUGCUCAUUCACAUACUCCAGUAGAAAAAAGGAAGUAUAAUCCAACUUCUCACCAUGCAACAACAGAUCAUAUUCCUGAAAAAAAGUUUAAGUCUGAAGCUCUUCUAUCUACUCUAACGUCAGAUGCCUCCAAGGAAAAUACACUAGGUUGUCGAAACAAUAAUUCCACGGCCUCUUCCAACAAUGCUUACAAUGUGAAUUCUUCGCAGCCCCUGGCCUCCUACAACAUCGGCUCGUUCUCAUCAGGAACUGGUGCCGGGGCAAUUACCAUGGCGGCAGCACAAGCAGUCCAAGCUACUGCUCAGAUGAAAGAAGGACGAAGAACAUCAAGUUUAAAAGCCAGUUAUGAAGCAUUUAAAAAUAAUGACUUUCAGCUGGGAAAAGAAUUUUCAAUGCCCAGGGAAACAGCUGGCUAUUCAUCUUCUUCAGCACUCAUGACUACAUUAACACAGAAUGCUGGUGCAUCAGCAGCGGACUCACGAAGUGGGAGAAAGAGCAAAAACAAUAAGUCUUCAAGCCAGCAGUCAUCAUCCUCAUCCUCCUCCUCUUCCUUGUCAUCAUGUUCUUCAUCAUCAACUGUUGUACAAGAAAUCUCUCAGCAAACCACAGUAGUACCAGAAUCUGAUUCGAACAGUCAGGUUGAUUGGACUUAUGACCCAAAUGAACCACGAUACUGCAUUUGUAAUCAGGUAUCCUAUGGUGAGAUGGUGGGCUGUGAUAACCAAGAUUGCCCUAUAGAAUGGUUCCACUAUGGGUGUGUUGGACUGACAGAAGCACCAAAAGGAAAAUGGUACUGUCCACAGUGUACCGCCGCAAUGAAGAGAAGGGGCAGCCGGCACAAAUAGAGGGGCUCGCUUCACGAGAGAAAGGAAAAACUUCGGCUAAACAUUUUAUAUAGGACUUUAAAGAAGAAAAGAGAAAAAAGAAACAAUGCAUUUCUAGGCAACCACUUAAAGGAUUUACAUAGACAAUCCUGUAAGAUCUUGAAUUUGAAUUUUAUGGGUUGUAUUUUAAUAAUGUAAGUAAAUUAUUUAUGCACUCCUGGUGUGCUAUGAAUAUUAUUCCAGUUAGCCUUGGAUUAUUUCAGUGGCCAACAUAUGCAGAUAUUUGUAAUCCUCAGCCAUUUUCUCAAAGUAAUGGGCAUUCUAUAAUUUAGACUUCAAAGAAUUCCAACGAUGAAGAUUUUAAGAAAAGUAUUUUAUAUUUAACAGGUAUGUUCUGCUGCAUGUACUGUAUUCCAGAGCUGUUAUGUAACACUGUAUAUAAAUGGUUGCAAAAAGAAAGUUAGUGCUUCUAAGAAGAAUUUAAGAUAAUGGUUUUUUAAAUGCCUUUAUAAUAAGCUUUGUUUCUUUGUGAAACUACAUUCAGCAGGCUGAAGGAGAUGGUUGGUGUGGUAAAGUGAGCUGGUGUCCUCUAGAGUACCUGGGCACUUUAACAGAAACUCCUGUAGGUGAAAACUCUUCUGUGCCAUUAGUCUUUAUAUGUUUCUGCAUCCAGACAGAGUGCAGUUCAUGGGGGUGGGAUGGGAGGGGCUGAAGGGGAGAGGGUGUUAAAGUGAUACAUUUUUAUACCAAAUGUGUUUAUUUUUUUGUGCAAGUAAUACUUAAAAUUGGAACUGUAUUAGGUGUUAAAAUAAAGUUUUUAAAAAUUACUUGUAUUUAUAAUUUACACAUUUAAUAUUCAAAAUUUCUUAAUUCCAAUUAGAUCUGAUUUUCAUAAUGUAGAAAGGGACAGAGUGAGACCCAGGACACAGAAAGCUGUGUAAUCUGUUAUUUCUUUCAUAUGCUUGAAAUUGGUGAUGGGAAAGUAAGGGAAAGACAUUUUUAAAGUAAAUUUGAAAUGCAAAUAUAUUUUUUUAGAGCAUUCCUGGACUUUUCCUUCUAUUGGAAGGACAUGAAAGAAGUCUAAUUACAACAGAUAGAAUGAAAAUAAUGGUUAUAGAUGUUUUGACUUGAGGCAGUGUGGCCAAUUUAAAUAAAGAGACCCCCUGGAUUGGAGCUUAAAAUUUAGUUCUACUUUUUAUUUUACAAUAUAUUGAUAUGACAAUUAAUUCAAAUUUUGAAUCACUCUGGGCCUUAUUAAACCAGGGUGAUGCUAGCUGUAGGAAGUCUCUGAAGCACUUCUAAGGUUUUAUUCUACAGGUGCUAUUUAAAUGACAAAUUUUGCAUACUGUCAAGUCUGGUUGGUAGAAAAAUCCUUAAAGCUUUAAAAAUACUUACAUUAUUGUUAUUUUUUUAGCCGAACUUACUGGGUCCAUCAGAUUUUUGUUUAAUGAAAACCACUUAUGAACCUCUUGGAACUUAUUCAGAAAACUGUGAAGUCUAUGCAAUGCUACCCAAAGGUUAUGGGUUAGGGGAUUCAGAGGUCCCUUCCGGCUUCCCCAUCCCGCAGUUCUGAGAUGCUGCAGUCUGAUUUGAUAACUGGACAACCCAUAAAGCUACAUUAGGUGCAUUCGUGGGUACUCAUGAUUUCAUAGUGUCAUGAUUUCAUGGUACUCUAUUUUUGUGAAGAUUUUAUAAACCUUUAAAAAGUAAUAUAUAAUGUAGUAUUCAGCUUAUCAGCAUGUUGCCUGGAAAUACUUAGUGAUAUUGUUUCAUGUUAUAAUGAUAUAGAAUGAUUUUUUCCAAACUUAUUUGUUAUUAUAGGAAUUGGUCAAAGGAAAAAGCCUUAUAUACAGCCUUAUUUUAAAAGAAAGUUCCUUGUCAGAGUCAGGAACAUCCCUAUUUUCAGCUGCUGUAGCCUUUUUCAGUGUGUGAAUUCCACUACAUAUCAAAUCAUUCAGAAACAGUUUAACAAAUCUUAAACUCAAACACUGAAUAUUUUAUAAAGCAUGUAUAAAAAAGUAAACCCACACUUUGGGCAAUUAUUUAGUAAUAGGUAUGAGAUAUUACUAUCUCAUAUAGCCAGACAUGGAACUACCUCAUCAAAGGGGAAAAAAAAAAGUGGCCAGCUAUUAACAUUCUCUGUGACAUUUACACCAAGGGGUAUAAUGAGCAUUUUUGGUAUUAUAAAAUACACAUUCCAAAUCUCUGUUGUACAAAACUCUUGUAACAAUUGGUGGCACACACACAAAAAAGUACAAAUGUGGGCUCACAGUUUUUAGGUGGUGCAGAUUGAGGCCUUACUGCUGUGAAGUGUAUAUUAAAAUGUUCAUGGUGACACACUGGAAGCAAUAAAUGGCUUAAAUAAAUGCCUAAGUGAAGCUGAGUGUUUGAUAAACAUACAAUUAUUCUUUUUAAGGGCAGUUAAGUUUUUACUCUCCUUUAAAGCAAAUUCAACAUCUUUUAGAUUUUUAAUAAUCUUAGGCUUGUACAACGUUAGUGUCCUUUUUUCCUAGACCUCUUAAGUGGUCUUGAUCUAAUUAAUUAACUAUUUCAGUAUUAGAAAAAAUAAAUGUCUAGUAUACUUGGGUUGGAAAGGAUAAGAUAUUCUGUGAAUGUGUAGAUAUUACAGAAUGUAGACAUUAAACUCUCACAUAUUUAAAAUGAAAUCUUUCAACAGAUGGGCUUUGAAAGAAAAAGUGCCCUAAAAAUGUUUAUAAUUUUACAAACACCUGAGUGUUGAGAAUACAGAAAAGAAGUGGGGUGCGUGUGUGUGUUCCUGUGGGAAGUGUGAAGGACAGACAGUGUUAAUUGUGUUAACAAACAAUGGCAGUAUUUAACACAUGCUAUAAUAUAUGGGAAUACAAAGCAUUCUGGGAACACUGGGGGACCUGACAGGUUCCAUUUGAACUGAUGAUGCCUAAAGACAGAUAAGUAGGGAAGGUUUGCAAGGCAGAAGAGAUUGUUCAAGAGCCACAUACAUUCGGGGAACGUAAAAGUAGCCAGGAAUGAGUGGGUACACAUCUCUGUAUUUGGGGUGCGGAGAUGAGUCUAUGAAUGAAGCCAGAAGCGCAGAGCAAGAGUCUGUUCAUGCACAUAUUACCCUGUGCCAUGGAAUCGCUAAUGUAAAUAGUGGUGACCUUUAUACACUGUCAGUUAAAUACAUUAGUAUUGUUAUUUUAACAAUUUAAUAAAAUCAGAGCAUUUUUAUUAAGAUUAUAAAUAGGAUGAUAAAGUUAGUUGGAAAGUUACUUGGAAAUUGUUUUUAAAAAUUCUAAAUUUAGCCCUGGCUGGUGUAGCUCAGUGGAUUGAGCACGGGCCUGUGAAGCAAAGGGUUGCUGGUUGGAUUCCCAGUCAGGGCACACGCCUGGGUUGCAGACCAGGUCCCCAGUAGGGGACACAUGAGAGGCAACCACACAUUGAUGUUUCUCUCCCACUCUUUCUCCUUCCCUUCCCCUCUCUCUAAAAAUAAAUAAAUAAAAUAUUUUUUAAAAAUUCUAAAUAUAAGGUGAAUCUUUUAUCGCAGUUUUUGAAAGGCUACAAAUUAGAAUUGCUAGUCGAGAUUUUUAGAUUUCCCUACGUAGAUGAAAAAAUCAUAAUUACUCAGAUAGCAAUUUCUGACCCAGGAUCAUAAUAUUCAUGAUUUGGUUCUGCUGCAGAGAAAAAAAGUUUAAAGUGAUGAACUGACUUUAGGACUUUUGUUGUUAUCUUAAUCAAAGUUUGACAGAAGAGAGAAGUAUGCCCCCUCUGGCCAUUUUCAUUUUAAGGUAGUAAGUCAUGUAUACUUGCUGAGUCAGUAUUUUAACUAAUAAAGGGACUUCGAUAUUUUUAAAGGUUUACUUGAAAGAAAUUUAAUUUCUUAAUAAAUUCCUCAGAGCCAUAUGAUUUAAGUUUUUAAUGAAUUCAGAGCCACUUUUUACUGAUGGUAAUAGAGACUAUAAUAUUCAUUUUUCUGCUGCUUAUGAAUUGUUAAGUUCAGAAGCCGAUGUGGGAAGUGGAGAUAAGGAAUGCUUGUGUGUGUGUUGCUUAUCAUUCCCCAUUUCCAAUGGCCUAGGUUAAUGAAUAAGAAUAGUUUUCCUUAGGAAAGUAUACAGUUGCUAGUCUCUAAUAAUGAACUAAUUAAAAACAUUCACAAGUUUAACAUGUAGGGAAAAGCAAUGGUCACAUUUUUAUUCUUUUUUCAUUGUUGAAUCUACCCCAGUAGAGAGACUCUCUAUGUUGAAAAUAAAAACAAUUGUAAUAGGUACUAAGCUUUCUGGAUCAUAUGGAAUACAAGGAGGCAGCCAGAAAUAUUUCUAAGUUACUCUGAACAUAAACGUGAGUGAGUUCAUUAGAAUGACUUUACUAAUAACUAAAGUUUUACUAUGACUUCCCCAGUGUGUCUCAUUAGAAUUUAUCAAAAUUUAUGUUUGUAUCCUUGAAGCAUUUAUGUAUUUAUCUUUAAUACGACAGAUGACUGUUUUCUUGAUUGGGUUUCCCAAGGGUGCCAAAAAAUGUUUUUGCUUUACUAGUGUUUUUCAUUUAUAAAUGUUUAAAAAAAGUCCAGUGAUCUUGUUGAAAACCAAAAAUUAAGCUUAUGUAUCAGAGAUCACAUGGUUUAGAUGCAGAAGCAGUCUUUUGACUCUGUGUGGUAUACAUGUCAUUAAAGAACCACGCAAAGAGUAUUCCCUUGUCGACCAGAUUAGCUGAAUGAGUGCCAGCCUUCAUUAGAGUAAUAAGACCAAAUCUCUCUACCUUCCACCCCCAACACACACAUUAAUUCUUUUUAGGAAACAAAGUUGAAUCUUUAACAAUUUCAAAAUAACUUUUUCUGAAAAUAAAAAUGGCUGACUGAAUUUUGAUUGCAUUUAUAAAAGAAAGAAACAAGUUAAAUUACGUGGCUUUGCUGAGACGAUUUUUACCUGGCCAGGCAGCUCAGUUGGUUCCAAUGUCCUCUUGAUACACUAAGGUUGUAGGUUUGAUCCCCAGUCAGGGCACAUAAAAGAAGCAACCGAUGAAUGCAUCAGUAAGUGGAACAAAUAGAUAUUUCUUUUCUCUCUCUCCCUUCCUCUCUCUCUCAAAUCAAUAAGCUUUAUAAAAAAUGUAUUAUUGUUCCUGGAAUAUUGCAGGUCUACAGAGAAAACAAAUGGAGUUUAUAAGUCAGUAAAAGAACAUAAUUUGAUACUAUGGUAUGACAAGAAAGCUAAAUUUGUUCAUUUUAUAUAUUGAUUAAUAAAAACUUAGAAAUUCUGGCUUUGUGCCAAGGUAAAACCGUCCUAAGGAAAGUGAAACAUAAUUCAUUGGGUUAAACAUUCGUCAUUCCAGCUGUGUGUUCACUGCUUAAAGAAAGUAGUUUAUCAUCUAUUUAUCUUUUAGAAUGUGUGUGUAAAUGUAUAUGUGGGUGUUAGGUGUAUGAGUAUACAUAUAAAUAUAUUUAGAUAUAUGUAUAUAUUGUCCUUUAGAGGAUGCAACUCUUAAAAGCAAAUUUGAGAGACUUAAAGGAGAUUAUAUGCAUGAAGUUGCCUUUGUUUUGAGGAGCGUUAUAAUUACACAUUAAGGAAGGGGUUAAAAUCCCAAUGUCAUUGCCACAAACUGUUCAAGUGCUCACUAUUCUAAUUUAAGUAACAAUCUUACCCACAUACAAAAAUUGUGCAACAAUUCCUUUGGUUAAAUUUCAGUUUCCCAACCUCAGUACUAUGGGCAUUUCAUGCCAAAUUAUUCUCCAUGGGGGAGUUGCUUCCCUUGGACCUGCGCACUAGAUAUCAGUAGCACCUUCAGCCUCAAGUGUGACAACUGAAACUGUCUAGACACUGCCAGAUGUGUUCUGGGGGGCAGAACUGCCCCACUGGGUUCAAGGUUACCAAGAUAUGAAAUACUUCUUUUGGGAAGAAUCUGUAUAAUAUGGAAAGUAUUUGGGUUUAUGACAUGUAGUCCUCAAACAAAUAAGAAUUGUUCAAUCACAUAAGUGAAGACACUGCUAGAAGCCACAAGAAUACCGAGUUGAGUAAAGUAGUUUCUGUCAUAUAGCCGUCUCUACUGUAAAGAUAUAAGUAUACUAGUAACUAAAAUACAGUACAGAGUCUGAUAAAUGUAAUUUUGGUACUGAUGCAAGCAAGUUCAAAAUGCUUAUAAAGAGAGUUUACAGACAAUAAGCAAGGUCACUAGUGCAGCAGGUCCUUGAAUAGCAUCAUUUUGUUCAAUGUCAUUUGGUUCUUAACAUUGAUGAGAAAAAUAAAAUUAAUUCUUCAUCUGGCCA